AGAAUGACUCGCAGAAACAGCUCCUCAGUGACUGAGUUUAUUCUUGUGAGAUUAUCAGAACAAUCAGAGCUCCAGAUCCCACUCUUCCUCCUGUUCUUAGGGAUCUAUGUGUUCACUGUGGUGGGCAACUUGGGGUUGAUCACCUUGAUUGGGCUGAAUUCUAGCCUUCACACUCCAAUGUACUUUUUCCUCUUCAACUUGUCUUUUAUAGAUCUCUGCUAUUCCUGUGUGUUUACCCCCAAAAUGCUGAAUGAUUUUAUGUCAGAAAAUAUCAUCUCUUAUGUGGGAUGCAUGACUCAACUAUUUUUCUUCUGUUUCUUUGUCAAUUCUGAAUGCUAUGUGUUGGUUUCAAUGGCCUACGAUCGCUAUGUGGCCAUCUGCAACCCUCUGCUGUACGUGGUCACCAUGUCCCCCCAGGUCUGUGCUCUACUGAUGUUUGGUUCAUAUAUGAUUGGGUUUGUUGGGGCCCUGGCCCACACUGGAAGCAUGCUGAGGCUGACCUUCUGUGAUUCCAACAUCAUCAACCAUUACCUGUGCGAGGUCCUCCCCCUCUUGUUGCUGUCUUGCACCAGCACCCAUGUCAAUGAGCUGGUGUUUUUUAUUGUUGUGGGAGGGGUCAUCACAAUAUCCAGCAUCAGCAUUUUCAUCUCUUAUGCCUUGAUUCUCUCCAAUAUCCUCCGUAUACCUUCUGCUGAGGGCAGGUCCAAAGCCCUCAGCACAUGUGGCUCCCACAUAAUUGCUGUUGCUCUGUUUUUUGGGUCAGGGGCUUUCACCUAUUUGACAAACUCAUUUUCUGGAUCUACAGCCCAGGGCAAAUUUGCUUCAGUCUUCUACACCAAUGUGGUUCCCUUGCUUAACCCUUUGAUCUACAGUUUGAGGAAUAAGGAUGUUAAACUUGCCCUGGGCAAAACCCUGAAAAGAGUGUUCUUCUGA